AAGCAGGCAUACGGAAGGCGCUGGUGGAUGGCUUGCACCGCUGUGCUGGAAAACCUCUUCUUCUCGGCGGUGCUCCUGGGCUGGGCCUCCCUGCUGAUCAUGCUCAAGAAAGAAGGCUUCUAUUCCAGCCUGUGUCCAGGUGUGCGACUAGGCAUUCAUAGCCCGAGACUGACUGCUCGUGACAAUGUUCAGUCUGGAGUAUGAUGUAGACUCUUAGAAGUUCCGCGCCCACCGCGUGCAGCGCUGACCUGCAUCACCAGCACACGGGAGUCCUUAAUGAGAUCAAGCAGAGCCGCACAAACUGGAGUGUGAAAGCGAAGGCCAUGUGCUCUUGUCCUUUCCGAGACCUUGGAGUCUGCGGUUCUGCAAAUCAGCCAUUUCUACAGUUAGCAGCCGUGUUUCCUCCAGAACGGGCCUUUCUGGAGGGUUCGUCUCUGCUCUCCUUGGCAGUCACCCUGGCCUUGUGUAAACGGAUCCAAACCUGCUGAGAACAGGACCAAUACCACCCAAGAUGAACAGCGCCAGUGGCCAACCUGUGACCAGCAGGACAAGAUGCUCAAUCUGGGCUUCACCAUCGGCUCCUUCCUGCUGAGCGCCACCACGCUGCCUCUGGGGAUCCUCAUGGACCGCUUUGGGCCCAGGCCCCUGCGCUUGGUGGGCAGCGCCUCCUUCGCCGCAUCCUGCACGCUCAUGGCCUUGGCCUCCCGGGACACCGAAGUUCUGUCUCCGUUGAUAUUCCUGGCGCUGUCCCUGAAUGGGUUUGCUGGCAUCUGCCUAACGUUUACCUCACUUACCCUGCCCAACAUGUUUGGGAAUUUGCGCUCCACCUUCAUGGCACUCAUGAUUGGUUCCUACGCAUCUUCCGCCAUCACCUUCCCUGGAAUCAAGCUGAUCUACGAUGCUGGCGUAUCCUUCAUGGUCAUCAUGUUCACUUGGUCUGGCCUGGCCUGUCUUAUCUUUCUGAACUGUGCUCUCAACUGGCCUGCAGAAGCCUUUCCUGCCCCUGAGGAAGUUGAUUACACGAAGAAGAUCAAACUCAUUGGGUUAGCCUUGGACCACAAGGUCACAGGUGACCGCUUCUAUACCCACGUAACCAUCGUGGGUCAGCGACUGAGUCAGAAGGCUCCCAGCCUGGAGGAGGGGUCUGACACCUUUAUUUCAUCUCCAGACAUCCCUGGCACCUCAGAGAAGCACCCCGAGAAGUCUGUCCCUUUUCGAAAGAGCCUGUGCUCCCCCAUUUUCCUGUGGAGCCUCAUCACCAUGGGCAUGACCCAGCUGCGGGUCAUGUUCUACAUGGCCGCCAUGAACAAGAUACUGGAGUUCUUUGUGACCGGUGGCCAGGAAUUUGAGACGACUGAGCAGAGACAGAUGGUGGAAGGGAUAGUGGAGUUCUACUCCUCCGUCUUUGGAGUCAUGCAGCUGCUGUGUCUCCUCACCUGCCCCCUCAUUGGCUACAUCAUGGACUGGCGCAUCAAGGAUUGCGUGGAUGCUCCUGCCAAGGGUGCCGCGAACGAGAGUGCUUCCUUUGGAGAUGCCAGAGAUGGGGCUACCACCAAGGCCAGCAGACUGCGCUACUGUAAGGUCCAAAAGCUCACCAACGCCAUCAAUGCCUUCACCCUGACCAACCUUCUGCUUGUGGGUUUUGGCAUCAUCUGCCUCAUCAGCAACCUACAGCUGCAGUUGGUGGCUUUUGUCCUGCACACCAUGGUUCGUGGCUUCUUCCACUCGGCCUGUGGAGGUCUCUACGCUGCAGUGUUCCCGUCCAAGCAUUUUGGGACCCUGACGGGCCUUCAGUCCCUCGUCAGUGCCCUGUUUGCUCUGCUGCAGCCGCUGCUCUUCAUGGCCACCGUGGGACCCUUGCACGGAGAUCCCUUCUGGGUGCAUCUGGGCCUCCUGAUUCUCUCCUUCCUGGGAUUUCUCCUACCUUCCUACCUCUUCUACUACCGGGCCCGUCUGCAGAGAGAGUAUGCCACCAAUUUGCCGGUCCCGCAGAAGAUGCUCAGUGCUUCGAAGGUGGCUAUGUAGACUCCCGAGCCCCGGUGACUUGGAGGACAGGCAACCGAGGCCUGAUAAGGCAAAGGGAACACCCUGGUGGCUUUCUGCCUACAUCCUGUGCAUGGAGCUAAGGGCCGUGGAUUUAUAAAUACUGAGAUUUCUAUUUUUGUAGGGACUUGCAAAAAGGGAAACAAAACAAAACCAAGCCCUAAAACAACAACAAAAAACCAGCCCUUAGAAACUAUUUUUAUUUUUAUUAACUGUUUAUUAACUGAAGACCAUGCCUAUUCCAGUGGUGCUGGGCCAUCUUCUUGGACCAGAGGAAACCAGAGUUUGAAGCUGCCCUUUCCCCACACUUGUCCUAAGACUCAUGGGAUCAGUGAACAGCCUCCCCUGAGGUUCCAGCUGCCACAUGUGCACAUAUUAUGGCAACCUUUCCUGAGGAAGAGGGUAUGAGGUGCUGGCUGUACCCAUGAUGGGGUGUGGGGCUGGAGGGCAGGUUCCCUCCCUGGUGCUGCUUCUUACAAGUCUUAGGAAAUAAAAGGGAAAUCAAA